UUUAUUAAAGAAACCGAGCUUUUCAGCAUGGCACACUUGCGGGAAACCUCGGACAAGGCUUUGAAGCUGUUGCGAACGUUGCCGCGCGUGCAAAUUGGAAACCUGCGACCAAAUCCCAACUCCAAACAGAACGACAAGCGCGGGCGGGCGCAGCACGGCGGUGAUAAGCAUGGAGCUGGCAACAAGGGCUCCGGACAACGCCAGAACUUUAUGCGUUUGGGCUAUGAGACGGGUAAUCAGCCCUUCUACUUGCGGUUUCCCUAUGAGCCGUAUUACAAGGGCCACCACAUGAAGCGCCAGUACCCACCGAUCUCCCUACUGCAGCUGCAGGUGCUGAUUGAUACGAACCGAAUAGAUAUCAGCCAGCCCGUAGAUAUAAGUACGCUGUGCAACUCCGGUUUGUUGAAGCUGAAGCCUGCCGAAAUGGAAUAUGGAUUCCAGCUGACCGACGAAGGAUUGGACAACUUCAAGGCCAAGAUCAAUAUUGAGGUACAGCAUGCAAAUGAGGCGGUAAUUGCAGCCAUCGAGCGCAACGGGGGUGUCAUUCGUACAGCCUACUACGAUCCUCGGAGCCUCCACAUGCUCGCCAAUGCGAAAAAGUGGUUCGAGAAGGGUGUCCCGAUUCCUUAUCGUAUGAUGCCGCCUCAGGACGCCGUGGACUACUACACAGAUGCCAAGAAUCGUGGAUAUUUGGCAAAUCCCGAGGAGAUCAGCAAGGAUCGACUGGUGCUGGCACAGAAAUACGGCUAUCAACUGCCCCGCAUUGAAGACGACUCUGCCUAUGAGAUGCUCUCAGCCACCAAGGAUCCGAGGCAAGUGUUCUAUGGCCUGGAACCCGGUUGGCUAAUUAAUGUUGUAGACAAAACAAUAAUGAGGCGCAAGAAAUAGUUAUUUGUGUUACUAUGCAUUUUGUUAAUAAAGAUUUGAUUUUAAAAAGC